AUGGCUUCAUCUUCAACAAUACCUGCAACAGAGAAUAAGGUUUUGAUCUUGAAGAGUAGCGAUGGCGAUGAGUUCCAACUAGAAGAAUCCAUCGCCAUCGGGUCUGUAACAAUCAAGAACAUGGUAGAAGAUGAUUGUGCGUCCAACACCAUACCGCUACCCAACGUUGACACUGAAGCCCUAGUCAAAAUUAUUGAGUAUCUCAAAAAGCAUGCAGAAAUCUCGGGUUCAGACGAAGAAGAAGAAAUCAAGAAAACAAAAAUCAAGGACUUUGAUAAGGAAUUCGUUAGCGUUAAGAUGCAAAAACUCUUCAACAUCAUAUUGGCUGCGAAUUUCCUUGACAUUAAGGCUUUGCUCGAUCUUUGUGCUCAGGCUAUUGCUGAUAAGAUCAAGAACAAGUCGCACGUGGCUGUUCGAAAAAUUUUCAAUGUUGAAUGUGAUUACACUAAGGAGGAAGAAGAGGCCGUUCGAAAAGAAAAUGCAUGGGCCUUUGAAGGAGAAGAGUUCGAUGAAUCCCUUGACUAGACUUAAUUAUGUCUUCGUUUAUGUAAUCUUUAGGGUUUUUUGGUUAUGUUUUAACA